UGACCUUGCCUUCCACUUCAUUUCUCAGUAUUAAUAAAACCUACACUUCUCAAUUACUAAUCAAAAGAAAAAUUACUGUCACUAUGUAGUGAAGAUAUAUGCGAAAAAUUGUAUUGUAUGUAAACUGUAAUAAUAAAUAAGUCUGUUUCAAGCAUGCAUUCAUCUAACAAGGUAGGAUUUUGGUACAAAUUAAGAAAAUACUUGAGAGAAUAUAGUGAAAUUACGGGAAUACACGGUCUGCGAUAUGUUGCUGAACAAAGGUCGAGAACUGAAAAAAUUGUUUGGGUCUUCCUUCUGUUAUUUUCACUGGCUGGGUGUCUUUAUAUGAUUAAUGAAAUUUUGCAAAAAUAUGAAAACAGUCCAGUUGUUGUUAGUUUUACGACUGAAGAUACACCCACUUAUCAAAUACCAUUUCCUGCUGUUACCAUUUGCCCAGAAAUGAAGUAUUCUAGGGAGCAAUUUAAUUACAGUGAAAUGUAUUUUCGACUGUACAGAGGCGAAAAAAUUGAGCAAGAAGUCCAAGAAAAAUUUUUUCAUUUAAGUCUCUUAUGUGAUAUGGAUGGGACAAGUAUUGUUUCGAGGCACGCCAAUUACACCGCAGAUGAAGGACUUUUUAAAACAUUUGACGAAGUUAAACUCGACCGAGCAGCACUACUCACCUAUUGCCAUUUUAACUAUGCCUUCAAAAAAUGCGAGGACUUUUUUGCUCCUGUAAUUAUAGAUGAAGGCAUAUGUUAUUCAUUUAAUAUUUUAAGUGGAGAAGAAGUAUUUAGAGAGCAUGUUUUCAAUUACGCCGAAUAUUAUUACGUUCCUAAUAAAUCUGAAGACUACUUUGACUUGGAAACAGGAUACAAAGACAAUGCUGGUAUUAAUACCUAUCCCAGAAGAGCUCUAAUGUCUGGAGCUGAUAACUCAUUGACAGUGUUUUUUAAAUAUAAUUUAGGGGAUGCGGAUUUCACCUGCAAUGGUUUAUUCCAAGGGUUUAGGGUUUUAAUCCACACUCCUUGGGAUGUACCUCGUCUUUCCAAACAUCAUUUUCAUAUUCCAGUCGGAAAAGUAGUUGUCGCAGCUAUGGAACCCGAAAUGAUAAUAACAUCUGAAACUGUCAGAAAAUUUAAACCUGAAAGAAGAAAAUGUUUCAUGCAAGAUGAAAGACAUUUGCAACACUUUAAGUAUUACACUCAGUCAAACUGUUUGCUGGAGUGUACAACAAAUUAUACACUGAGUAGAUGUGGGUGCGUUCGUUUCUUUAUGCCAAGAAACAACACAACACCAAUAUGUGGAAGUGGUAGCUCCAUUUGCUUAAGACGAGCUGAGAGUGAACUGAAAGGAACCCAAUUAAAAUCCAAAUUAUCAGGGCAUAGUUUUUGUAAUUGUCAACCAUCUUGCACAAAUUUAAAAUUUGGUGUUGAAAUUUCACACAGCGACUUUUAUUUCAAGGACUACUUUGAAUCUCAUACAAACAUGACAAUUAUAGAUAAUAGUUCGCAUUGGUCCGUCUUACAAAUAUAUUUUAAAGAAGAACAAUUUACUACAGUGGAAAGAAAUGAAUUGUACGGAAUGUCUGAUCUAAUUUCCAAUUUCGGAGGACUUUUGGGGCUGUUUACAGGAUUUUCAAUUGUUUCUUUAAUGGAAAUAAUAUACUUCUGCACCCUACGUAUUUUCUGCAACGAGAAAAUCUACGGAAUUUGGUCCGGCCGUGAUGAAUAAAAAGUCCACUUACAUAAAAAAAUAGUUACCAUAAUUAUUACAUUGUUACAUAUCUAAAAUUGAAAUUUGCAAUAAAUUGUGCGAUGUGUUUUCGGUAUUCCAGAAUAAAUACGCAAUAAAAUGUAACAAAUUAUACAUAAAAACU